AUGGUGGAGCAUAGUGGAUUAGGAAAGAUGAUCAUUAUGCAUGAUUAUCCUCUUUCGAUGGUGGAGCAUAGUGGAUUCAAAGAUUUCACAAGUACCAUUCAACCUCUUUUCAAGUGUCCUUCUCGUAAUACUUUGAAGAAUGAUAUCAUGAGGAUUUAUAGUGAAGAAAGGGAUAAAGUGAUGAGUUUGAUUGAAAACAUUGACAGUAGGGUGGCUAUUACAACGGAUAUGUGGACUUCUAGUAAUCAAAUAAGGGGUUUUAUGGCUGUUACAAGACAUUUCAUUGAUAAGUCUUGGACAUUGCAUAGCAAAAUUUUGAGGUUUAUCUAUGUCCCUUGCCCUCAUACAAGUGAUGUGUUGACCAAUGUGUUAAUUGAUGCUAUGCUUGGGUGGAAUGUGGACUCAAGAUUAUCCACAAUUACAGUGGAUAAUUGCUCUACCAAUGAUAGUAUGAUUGGUAAGGUUAAAGCAAAAUUGAAUGUUGGAUGUCUUUUGAAUGGUGGAUCUUUAUUGCAUAUGCGUUGUUCUGCCCAUAUCUUAAAUCUUAUUGUUAAGACUGGUUUAGAUGUGAUUAAGCAUGCCAUUGAUAAUGUGAGGGAAAGUGUAGUUUUUUGGACAGCAUCUCCAAAAAGAAUAGAAAAGUUUGAGGACGUUUGUCGACAAAUGAAAGUGCCUUAUGCUAAAAGGUUGGGUUUGGAUUGUCCUACUAGAUGGAACUCUACUUAUUUGAUGCUUAAAAUUGCUUUGGUUUAUAAGUCUAUAUUUCCUCGACUUAAAUUGUUUGAAUCACAGUAUAAGAAUGUGCCAAGUGAUAGGGAUUGGGAAACUACAAAGGAUGUUUGUGAUAGAUUAGAGUUGUUUUAUAAUGUAACUGAGUUGUUUUCUGGGACAAAAUAUCCAACUGCUAAUAUGUACUUUCCAAUAAUUUGUAAGGUUAAGUUGACAUUGAAUGAGUGGGUCAAGUCUCCUAAUGAAGUGAUUAGUACAAUGGCAAAAAGCAUGUCAGAUAAGUUUGAUGCAUAUUAG